GAUUUUGAGACAGCAUUGCCUUCAAUAUCGUGUUUGUUGCAUCAGACAGACAAAGCAAGAGGCAUUUCCAAAAAUGAUCAGACUCGUUAGACUGUGGCACUGUCACAAGCCUUUCACGUUCCCCAAACCUCAACCUCGUAUGGUAGUAGAAGCAUCAUCAUCGUGUUUCUCCACGCGCGUGGGCACACACAACGGGACCUUCCACUGCGACGAGGCCCUCGCCUGCUUCAUGCUUCGCCUCUCCAAACGCUUCUCCGCUGCUCACAUCGUCCGAACCAGGGACCCCAACCUUCUUCAAUCCCUCCACGCACUCGUCGACGUUGGAGGCGCGUAUGACCCAACACGACACCGUUUCGAUCAUCACCAAAAGGACUUUCACCAAGUCUUCGGACACGGCUUCCACACUAAACUCAGCAGCGCUGGCCUUGUCUACAAGCAUUUUGGAUUAGAGAUAAUUGCAAAUGUGCUGAAGCUUCAUGAAGACCAUCCUCAUGUACACCAGUUGUAUCCAGUUAUAUACAGAAACUUUGUGGAGGCAAUUGAUGCUGUGGAUAACGGAGUCAAUCUAUAUGACCUUGAUGUCCCUCCAAAAUAUGAAAUUAACACGACCCUGGCCUCUAGAAUAAAACGCUUGAAUUUGAACUGGAUGGAUUCUGACCAGUCAUCUGAUAGAGAAAACGAGGCUUUUCAUCGAGCAAUGGCGCUAGCGGGUGCUGAAUUUCUGGAGAAUGUGAAUUAUUAUGCAAAGUCAUGGUUACCAGCACGGUCAAUUGUUAUGGACAGUCUUGCUGCGAGGGAAAGUGUUGAUUCGAGUGGAGAAAUCGUAAAGCUCAACCGAUCUUGUCCUUGGAAACUUCACAUACAUGAGCUUGAGGAGGAAAUGAAAAUCAGUCCUUCUAUCAAGUAUGUUCUUUACCCGGAUGAUAGGAGUGAGAAUUGGCGACUGCAGGCAGUGGCAAUUUCACCUGCUAAAUUUGAGAGCAGAAAACCGUUACCAUAUCUUUGGAGGGGUUUAGAAAAUGACAACCUCUCUGAGGUUGCCGGAAUCCCAGGUUGUACUUUUGUGCACAUGAGUGGUUUUAUUGGAGGAAAUAGAAGUUAUGGCGGGGCUCUAGCCAUGGCAAGAGCUUCUUUAAAGGCUUAGGCAAUGGUAGGUUUAACUUCAUAACUUUUUUCCAAACUUUCUUUUUGGCCUUGGGCAAUAAUAAGGAAUCGAAAGCAAUGGAACCAGAAAUGCUUGAAUGCAAAACUUGGUUUUUCAUUGAAGCAUUAUGCUUCAGUUGUUCAGAAACAUGGUGGUUUAUGCAUGGUUCUAAAUCACAAAAAUGCUGAUCACACACUGCUGAUAAAUAAAUGGGCAUUUUCCAGUUUAAGCUAGGAAUGCAACCUUUACAGAAUGUAACCUGGCAUUUUUGUUGCCAAUUCUUGCUUAAGAAUUUUCUGCACUAGUUCAAUAAUGACAUUUCAAUUCGUUGGUUCUAUUCUUCAUAUGCUUUUAUCAGCAUUCUCAUCAUGGCCAAAACUAGGUCUAGGCUUCACUACACACACAUUCUUGGCACUAGAUUCAUUCCUCUGAAACACUUGGCAGAUCCUCUUUAAACCAUGAGUAAAGGCCGCCUUCGAGAUGGAAGACAUUGGUAUAACCAUCAAGGACCAGCAAGUAAGCUGCUAUGAGAGACCUGUGAAAGUAUCAAAAUGUGACAAACAGAGCAACAUAGCAAUCAUUUGAAGAGUCAAUAGUAAUUCUUUUCAUAAUCACACAAGAAGGUAUGCAACAUACAGAGUGCAACCGUAAGAAGAUGAUAUGUUGCAGACAAUCAUAUAACUUCCCUGAUCAAACAUUCAUGCAAUCCAAGUUAUUAGCUGCACUUUCCCUUUUGUAUUUUAACCGUUGAAGAACUUGUUUGAUUUUGAGAGCUAAUUGCUAAUUGUGGUUGGAUUUUACUUCCUUAUCAACCAUUCGUGUUGUUAUUAUUACUUUAAACAAUAGCUUGGUAGGAUGUUUUACGAUAACAGUUCCCAUUGACCCUGUC